GCUGUGAUAACACAAGUACAAUAAGCAUGACAAAAAACCCUGUGCAACACUCUAGAACUAAACACAUUGAAAUAAAAUACCACUUUAUUAGAGACCUGAUUCAAGAAGGACAUAUUUGCUUGCAGUUUGUGUCAACCGAGUCUCAACUAGCCGACCUAUUUACAAAACCCCUUCCCAGCGAACGUUUCUUGCAAAUUUGUACAGAACUAGGGUUAAAAUCUGCGUGUCAGAUCAAAAAUCUCUCUCUCUAAUCCCCGAUAGGUCCUUUUUCUACUCUAGGGUCUCUGCGUAUCUUGGUUUGAUAACCAUAAGCCUUUUUCUGCUCAUGCUUGCUUUGUCCCAAGGAUUAUCCAUGGAAGCUCGCAUCUAAUCAUUACAUCUUUUCACUGCCCGCUCCACUUGGAAAACUCUUCAGCUUCCGUUCCGCUCCUUAUCUCCUAUGGUUAUAAAAUCCUCUUCACUCGUGUUUUGCUAUUCACGCUUCCUUUCAGCAAAACAUCCAAAGACUCAGAGAGAACUCCCUUGUCUUCAAACAUGAGUGAUUACAUGCCUCGCCCGUUUCGUUUUGAUGGUUUGGUUCACACUUUUUCUGGUUACAUGUUCCACGAACCAAGAGUGCUCAAUCACCAUCGUUAUCUCCAACAUUUCGAUAAGAGAAGGCUUCAUCACAUCACUCAACUUGAUCCAUAUGAAUUCAAUGUCUACAAGUACGACAUUAUUUCUCUUAUCGAAGGGCUUGGGUGGGAUUUUCUCCUUCGUCAACCUAUUCAUCCUGCUUGCCCAGGAGCUGUCAAGUACUUUUUCUCCAAUCUUCAGAGUCCUGGUAUUAGCUCAAGGAGGUUUACCACUCUGAUUUAUGGACAUCUGCUGACUGUUCCAGUUGAUGCUCUUAAUGGCAUCCUCGGGUUUCCCUCUCAGGGACUCGGUCUUGCUCAUCCUUCUGAAUUUUGGAAGCAUGAGUUCAAGAUUGAUAUAGAGUACAACAACUUCUCCACUGAGCCAACUGGUGGCUCUGAUGUCCCUAUACCUGUUGCUUGGCUGUCCCCCAGACUGAGGAUCUUCCAUUACUUCCUCACUCAUGUUUUCUUUCCUCGGUCCUACAAUCAGGACUGUGUUCUUCCCAUGGAUCUCUGGAUCAUUGCCAAUGCAACUGCAAGACGAAAGCUUGACUUUGCAAGCAUCAUGUUUGGUCAGCUCCUCCCUGUAGGAGACGAAAACUACAAGGGUCUCCUCCCUUUUGGAUCCAUUAUCACCAGGUUACUAAUCAACCUUGGUGUUGACCUAUCCGAGUUUCGAAGUAUCUCCUCCACUAUGUAUGUCAGUGCACUUAAUGUGCUGAUGAUACUUGACUUGCCAACUGAUAUUCCUCCUCCUCCUCCUCCUCCUCCUUCUGCAUCUCUUCUAGGUGCUCCUCCAAAGUCUCGGUCUGUUAAGAAAGGAGCCUCUGGGAAGAAGUCAAAAUCUGCUGGUGAAUCCAGCAAGUCUGGGAACCUUGUGUUCUCUAUCUCUGAAGGCAGUGGCUCCUCUGAUGAUUCUGCUGCCUCUGCUCCUCCUGCCUAAUUUCUUUAGUUCUUCUCUAGCUGUGUUUUUUUAUGUUUUUCUCGUUUAGUAUCUUGUGUUUAGGGGGAACAAGUUCUUUUGUGUUCACGGGGAACUGAUAUCCAGUUCCAAGUAGUUAGGGGGAAUAUCUUCGAUAUCCCCACAUUUUGCUUUCUCUUUCCCCCUUGUACUGCUGUUCUCCUUGUAACUGUCGUUAAUUAAUGCAAAUUCUGUUUUCCGUUAGGAUUCUUGGUCUGCUGGUGUGUUUGUUAUUUUUGCCUUGCAGGUUACUCAACUACUUGGACGAAGGGGGAAAUUGUUGACUGAAACGACGAUGCUUUACUCAGCCUAAAACGAUGUCGUAGGCAUACCAAGGAAACGGUCACAAAUCUGGUUUCGUCCUUCGCAGUUGGUCUCCUUCUUUUUGAGUCAACCAUUUUCUGCUCUUCUCAAGAGAUCGAUGAACCGACUUCGAAGCUCUCUUCUCCACCGACCUUCUCCACCGCCUCUACUCAGCUAGUAAUCCAAGGAUCCAUCAGAAGCGCAUGAGCGCCUUGUGUAGGGAACUGUCAUCUUUUUGUACGGUAUAAAUAGUAAGUAGGUCUUUGAUUUCAAGUUGUAGCAGUUGGUAUUAAGAGAGAUCGAGAUAUACUCUUGUAUCAUGGGCUAAGUUCAUUCCUUUCUUCAGUAGAUAGAUCACAGGAGUUGUAAACUGGGUGAUCUAGUCUUGGGAAGUUGGGAUUGAGUGUUUCCUUUUGCUGUUGAAAGUGCCAAGGUUCUUGGCGUGGCUAGGGAUUGUGAAGAUUUUCUGUACCUCUGUUUUACUGUUAAAUACAAGUUUCUUUGCUUCAUACUCAUCUUGAUUUAACAGAACAUGCCAUGACCUUCAACAAAGAUUCGAAACUGAAAUUCCCAUAAUGCGUAGUUCUUGGAGUUGAGACGGGUUGCGAUGUGAUUUGAUUCCAUCAGGCUCUGAUACCAUGUUAAUCAACCCGAAAGAUUGAAACAGAAAGAUAAUCGACACAGAGUUUACGUGGUUUCCUCGUUCAGGGAGAACGAGACUAGUCCACGGCCGAAGUAGUUGUUCUUCUUAUUCAAUUACCCAACACAUACGUACAUGGCAUAUUUAUAUGCCUACACACCGCAACCCUACGUCCAUAAUAAGACUAGUCGAGUUCUAUGAGGAAGGGGAAAGUCUCGACAGUCUCUAAGUCCAAAACCUACACGUCCAACAUAAGCAUACAAUGGGCUUAAGCUCUAUAACAUAACCGAUAUAUAUCUUAACAAACCCACACCAGCACCCUGCCCUCGAUGCGCCCAUCCAGUAAAAGUCACUACUCAAGCAAUGAAGAAUUCCUGUUAGGGGAUGUCGAGCAGCACGAGGCCAUGUGUCUGAUCAAGGAGGGGCAGAUGACGUAUGCAAGGAAAGCUGAGAGGUAUAGUAAUGAUUGAUGUCUUUGUUUACAGAGAUCAUGGUUCAAAUCGCAUGAUUGAUGUAUUUUUUAUGAAUAAAAAAUAAAUAAUCGUGAAGACAAAUAUGUUCUUUCUACUUUCACUCUCGUUAAAGGAAAAUUAAAAUGCUAAAAAUGCUUUAAAUUAAAAUGCUGAAAAAUGCUUUUAACUUUGCUAUUAUAUAUUUGUAGAUUGUUUAUAAUAACAGGGGAUUUUUUAUUCCAUAUAAAUUUCAUAAAAAGGU